GCCAAAUGUGCCGGCUGUGGGUCGUACAUUUCUCCAUCCGAAAACGUGAAUGCCGUAAACACUACCUUGUAUCAUUCGGCUUGCUUUACUUGCUGCCUUUGCAUGUGCAAACUGCUUCCAGGGCAGUACUUUUACGUGCGAGAGGACGCGAGGCUGGUGUGUUCAGGGGACUACCAGAAAAUGAUGCACGAUGAAAUUUCCGACUCUGAGAGCGAGUCCGAUGAAUCAGGAUCGGACGACAGUAAUGCCUCGGACCGGAUAAAUAUCCAGGAUAAUCAACUGCGCAUGUUCCUUGACGCUUACAAUUCAAAUAAGCGCCCUAAUAAAGCCACUCUCCAGUACCUAGGUCAGUCGGCGGGACUUAAAACACGGUCUGUUCAAAUAUGGUUCCAAAAUAGACGAGCCAAGGAUCGAUCUAUAGAACGCAACAGACAGAAGAUUAUGAGUGGGCAAACGAUGUUCAACAUGCGUCAGAAUUGUCUCGAGGAACAUCAAAAAAGCCAGCACUGCUGGAACCAGAACCCGUAUUUUGAUAGUAAAUCUCUGGGGGUGAACCACAAGCAAGAGCAGAAGUUUACGCUGGCCAGCACUGAUAAAGGUUCACUCAUCAGAAACGAACAGUCCCCUGCGUGCAGUGACACUGAUAGCUCGUAUAAUGAGUACCAACUGUAUUGUCCACUCGACUAUUUGUUGCCGAAUGAAAUGCCACCUAAUGUUGAUUUAUCGUCUGCUGAUAUUUGUAAUGGUGAGGUUAUCACUGAUAAACUGCGUUCCGGAAAUAUCAAAUUUGGACAAACACAUGCAGCGGACAAUCAUAGUGGAAGUAGAUCAUGGAUCGCUCUUUAACACAGUUAUGCCUAGCGUCUAG